AUGGCGGAAGAACGUAAAAUUGGCGUUUCUUUUUCUUUUUCUAAGAGGAAGCCUGCUAUUAAGUCUUACAGCUCUGAAAAGAAUGCUCUUAGUAUUGAUGAAGAUAAAGUGAAAGAUGAUGAAAAAGAUUACAUCCAUUCCGCCGAGGAGGUAUAAAAGAGUUGAAAAGACGGGAAUGGUCGGAAAUUUUAUUUUUCUAAAGGAGACCAAUCUUGUGGCUUAACCAAAUUUUGACCCCGGGCUAAAAAACACACAUAUGCAAUGAGUUUUUUAAUUCAAUAAUGCUUUUAUUAAAUGAUUGGUUUGGACCCUGGGCUUAAAAUAUUUUUAGUACCAAAAUCCAAAAUUUACACCCCUAAGCGAGACGACGAGCAUCCCCGUCUGUUUCAUAUGGGAGUCCCCCCCCAGGCUUGUAGCAUGGCAAUUUAAUUCAAUAAUAUUAAAUGAUUGGUUUGGACUGGGUUUUAGUGUUAACGUAAGGACGUUGUAUAGAAUUAUGACUCAGAAGGUAGGUUAAAACUAAAUCCUUUUAGCUUAUUAACUGAACAAUAAAUUGACACUUAUUCAGAUAUUCCAAAGGUAUCACAAAAAAGUAGUGUUGAUGUGCUGCAUUUUCUUUUUUACUACCUUAUUAUAGGAAAUUAACGCUCCAUGAAAUUAAGGUAUUGGAAAUUAACACAACUUAAAUUAACGCGAAUUUAAUGGGAAACGACUUUCGAAUAAAGAAAAUUAAUGCAAAGGAGGAGGUAGAAUUUCAUAAUAAAGGAAAUUAACGCGAUUAAUUACGCGAAAUCAAAGGAGAAGAUAUUGACAUCACUUCUGACAGCGACAACGAUGAACAUGAACUCGAAAUAUUGUAAACCUUCGCCUUAGCUUUUGUGAAAGAUGAAAAAUAAAGGGUAAAUGGAAAGAAAGAAAGCUUGUAGUUAAUGUUUUUUAGGUGUCAAGAAUGUCUGGACAGGUUCCAAAAUUGGGGUUAAAAUACUGGAAAUUAAGAGUGCGGAAAUGAACGCUGCACUUAAUUAACGUCGCGGAAAUUAAAGCAAAACAAAAUUAACACGACUUAAAUUAACGCAAAUUUUAAUGAUGCGCGUUAAUUUGGUGGUGCGCUAAUUUCCUAUAAUAAGGUAGAUGCUCUGCCUGACAAAUGUGAGAACUGGUUUAAAUAAAUACUUAUUGUGUCAACAUAAUAACUAACAAUGUAUUCCUCAUCUGCUUGUAACUGUUUGUCACUUUACUGCCAGCUCAGAUCAGGGGAGGUACUCCUAUACGGGCUAUACAAGUAUAUGCUGCUAAAGAGGGUAUGCUUUUGCCUCUCUUGCUCAUGAACAGGACAUAAAAAUCACCCUUUAUCUCUGGAAGAGAGCUAUAUUUUGCUUCAUUUGACUCUAGAGCAUGGUUGAUUUUCCCGCACAAUUCCUAAUUAUUCUCAAUCAAGCUUAGGUGCAAAAUUUGCCCUUUCCUCCUUGUUGUAUAACUGAGCCAGUCAUAGGAAAAGGAUUCCUAUUUUUGUAACUGUUGCAAAUUCGUCUCUUUUUGUCUGUCCACAGUCUCAAAGAAUCAGUGGUACACCCCCAUAGUAAGUUUAAGGAAGUACCCACUUCCCGCCGGGCAAACUCCGUAUUUGCCUCAUUUCCCUGUAAGCUGUUUGUAACAGGCUUUCUUUGUGCAAAAGUCCUGCUUGUGAGUUGCACUCACAGUAAUUAUUUUUUCAUGAAUGAAAAUAAUUAAGUUUAUCUUUUUCUGUUUCCAGUGUUAAAGGAGAAAAUAAGCAGAAAGAAAAAGUGAUUCCUUGUCUGGCUAAGAAUCGUUGGAUUCUACCUCCUGAUUCUAACUUUUGCUACAGUUUAGACAGGCAGGCGGCUGAGGAGUUGAUGAAAGGUGAGCUUUAUGAACCAACACCUUUACAGGUGGGGAUUCCUGUACCUUAUUUUUGCCUUUUAAUGAAGUUUAUUUCACUGGCUUAAAUAGGCUCAGGGAUAUGGCACACUAGGGCAAAGUGAAGGAUUACUUGAUGGGAAUAACCUCAAGAUUAUUUUUCAGUAAUUGCCUCACAUUUUGUGGCUGAUACAGUGUUAUUUAUUUUAAAUUUUUUUGGUACAAAGAUAUUUCAGAAGGUGAUAAAGCAGACAAUGAAAAUGAGAAUGUUUCAAUUCCACUGCUUUUGAGAAAUGCUUUGCCUGAUGUUGAGGGAUUUGAUAAGGAUGAAAAGCUGGAUAUUGCAAUGAGGCCAGAUCAGGUGAGUUAGCCAGGGAUGUGACACAGGAAAAAAUAACGGAUUCCCUUUUUUGGAUAUUUUAGGGUAUUUAAAUAGUACCCAUAAAAAUCCCAAAUUUGGCAAAGUGACACAAGUCCCAACCAGGGAAUUCCCAACCAAGUUCCCUGAUUGGGACUUGUCUCACUCUUCCAAAUUUGGGAUUUUUGUGGGUAUUCUUUAAAUUCCCUAAAAUAUCCAAAAAUGGAAAUCGGUUAUUUUUUCCUAUGUGAGUAGUACAGCUGUCGUUUUUAUUGUCAAAAGUAACUUGCAUCUCUGCCAAUGCUUUUGCCAGCUAAUUAAAGCAGCUCGAUCAUGAUAAGGUUUUGCACUGUAAUGCGCCAUAAGGUCACGUGUCUUAUGUAAGCUGAAAAAUGUCUGAGCUGAUGUGAAACAUGCUAAAACGUUGUCUGCAUUUACAUUAUUCAACCUUUUCACAACAACGAAGAAUAAUGCCAUGAGUUAAUACUUAGAGCUCAAUGGAAGACUAUCAAGAUAUGCCUGUGACAUCAUUUGGUGCAGCCAUGUUGCGAGGAAUGGGAUGGAAAAAAGGAGAAACCAUUGGAGGAACCAACAAAGGGUAUGACAAUAAUCUUAUUGUUGUAGUGUUUUAUUGGAGAUGUUGUUGGUUCACUUGACAAUUCAUUAGUAAUUUUACAUGAGAUAAUACCCUCAGUUGCAUCUAAGCGUGUACACAUGACCAAAAAACAUGUUCUAAUUGGGUGAAAACGUGACAUGUUUUGCCACCAAACUGUGUGAGUCCCUGGAGGAAAUGAAACCUCCUCUUUCAUAAUAAGGUAGGAAGCAUACAAAGCAUCAUCAUAAGCUGGGCUAAAAUGCAGAGGUUGGGUGGUAAGCAAUAAUUAUUAUAUUGAUUUCACAAAGUACUUGCAGUUGUAACAUUUACAGUGUAAUGUAUCAAGACAUUGCAAAUGUCUUGGUUUGCUAUCAGUAUUCUUAUUGUGGGAACCAAAGGAAUAUCAUGGCUCAUAGUUGCAUCGUUGCAACCCUACUCUUUCUCAUAUGUUAGUUAACUUUCCCAGGUGCUUGAACACCUCAGUCCAAGAGAAGUUCUCUGUUUUCCAAUCAGAUUGUAUUCUUUAGCCUUGCAGAGCCAAUAGAGUACAUUCCAAGAUCCAAGGGAUUGGGUUUAGGAGCACAAAGGAGACCGCCUGCAGAUGAAAAUAGACUUGGAAAGAAACGAAAACCAGGCGACACAGCUUCAAGCAAUGUAAGGUCAAGGAUUUAAGAUUUUUUUUCUUCGUAGCUUAUUGACUUCAAUAUCAGAGGUUUGUCCUCUAGGGAAUGACCAAAUCUGUUGACACUUUUGAAACAUUUUUAAAGAUGCAUCUGUUUCGUAAAGCUUUUCAUUCUUAGUUAGGUUUACUUAAUACCUAUACACAAUUAUGUAAUUUUUAUUUAUGUUUAGCAAAACUUUUAAAGACAUACCUUUUCGUAAGGCUUUUUAUUGUUAGUUAGGUUUUUUGAUAUUAUACACAACACAUGAUGUAAUUCUUAUUUAUCAUGUAGUUAUUUUUAUUCUAUUUAUUGUUGUAAUGUGCAGUUGAUCAUCUCGUCAUGAAAACUGUACACUGUAAAUUCUUAAUUCUUCUUCUUCUUCUUCUUCUUCUUAUUAUUAUUAUUAUUAUUUGUUAUUAACAAUGCUGUUUGUGUUAAUAUUUUCUGUGCAAAGGGUAUGGUUAGUUAUUGUGUGAAUUAAUCUUAUUUUGUUUUCUGUUUGCAGAUGUCAGGCCCUAUCAAGGAAGGAAGUGGUCGGGUUAGACACUAUAAAGGUGUAGGAGAGCAAGUCCAACAAGAAACAUCAUUGGGUAAAUCCAGCUAGGUUUAACUUUGUUCUUAUUGAAAUAUUCUCCCAUUCUGUCAACAGAGCCAGAAAACAGGAAAAGUUAUUUUAGAGAGAUCUUUUUGAGUGAUAGUGAAUUUUAUUUUAGAUUAUAGACCAGGAGUAGGAGUGAUUAUUGAAAAAGGACCUCACAAGAAUAUCUGUGGAAAAGUAAGUAUCUUCUUCAAGUGCACUCAUUGUUGCCAGUCCCAUGUUGAUAAAUUUAUUCCAUUCCUCAUUUUGACUAGUUAGAGCUGUGUUUUUUUUUACAGAUAGUGGCUGUAGACAUAGAUACAUCAAGAAUUACUGUUCAACUCCAUCUUAGUAAAGAGGUUUGAGAGAAGGAAUGCAUGUUAUGAUGAAAUAUUAUUGCAUUGAUUGCUGUAAAUGUACCUUGUGUCUACAGUUAUUACACACAUAAUACAAUCAAAAGGGUUCAAUCCAGUACAAAGUUUUUUAAUAAUUUAUUUACUUUUGGGAAUUGUAUUGUUAGUAAUAAAUGGUUAAUGAAAUAAGGAUCUUUGAUACAUGUCCUGCAAUCAACGCAAAAAAAAUUGAAAGUUGUCCUAGUUGGAGUGAAUCUUAUUGUAUGCUUCAUGUAAAAGAAGUCCUUUUUUGAGAGAUAUUGGAAAACUAAAAGCGUCUGAUACCAAGAAUUCCUUGGUAUGAUACUUUUGUUUGAAAUACAUGUUCAGUCCACUUUCAUCUCUUCUCUGCAGUCCAAUAACAUUACCCCUUGAUGUUUUCUUAUUAAAUACAGCAUUUUUUCCUUACAAGUUUUAAACUUGUUGUUUCCUCUAGAAUGUUGCAAUACAUCAAUGUAAUGCAAGACUCUUAGAUGACUUUGAAUACAAGACACUUCUAUCAAGAAAAGGUAAAGAUUUUAUAAAAAUGGGAAGAAAAGGACCAGUAAAUUCUGAGUGUGGUACACGAAAUAACAAGUUGAUUGUGUGAUGAGUUAAUAGAAGCAUCAGAGUUGCCAACAGAAAUACUAGUCACGCAAUGGUUAGUGGAUGAGGGUUACGAUACAUGGCUGGAUGUAUGUCUUAUUUAAGACCAGGGGCAAACGUCGAAUCUUAGUCAAACUUGAUUUGUUGAACGUAUUAAUUUUGAAAUAGGCACAUUAAUAAGUGCAACUUUUGCCACAAUUAAGUGCGACUCAAAUUAAUUGGUUGGACUCCAGCGUAAGUUUGACUUGCCAAGUUGGAUAAUGUGACAGUGGGCUGGGGUUCCAGUAAACGCCAUUCUAAACUUGGGCUGAACUCAAUUCAUAAAUCAUGCAAAUUACAAAAAUAAUUCAAAUGACUCCCCCAUCUGCCAAACUCUAUUUCCCCCCUGACGAGCAUGCGCUAUACAAAGACAAUUUCGCCUGGGAAUGACAAGCUAUCGAAAGUCAUUGCUGACAUUGCACAACAUGCUGAAAAUGUGUUUUUUAUGUUUCAUGAACACUAAAUAUAAGUGCUUGAGAUGCGAAUUGCCUAUUUGCAAUAAAUGCUCAAAUUGCUAUUUGCUCUUCCGGGGAGAUAAACUCUUCAGUGAUGGUGUCUUUUUCAUUUGCAUUACGAAUUAGACCCAGUACAAACAUAAAUGUAGAUCUAGAUGGCCUGAAAGUCUCUUUAAACUGUUUCUCGCUGUAAGUGGACCAUACGUUGGUAAACCAACCGACAUUGCAGGUUGGAAGCGGUGGCAAGACUGACCCAAGACCGCAAGACACAAAUGAUAGAUUCUGAAUUGACAUUUUUUAUCCCAGGACAUAGUGCUGUAUCCUUCAGGUUCACUUUCAUGGUUUUACAGUCGCCUCUUAUAAGGAUAAACUUUCCUCCCUUUUUUAAAUAAUAGAUCUGUUUUAAAAAUGAUUUAAGAUAAUGCAAAGAAGAAGGACAGUAGGACAGGAAAGGAACAAAUACGACUGAAAACGGAUGGUGAAAAUCAUACAAAGUAAGCUUUAAACUCUCUUUACUGCGUUGUCAUCAAUCAGUAUUAUUUAUGCCUAAAAAUUUAUGUUAGCAAUGCCAAAACUGCAUUUCAACCUCUGGAAGGCAGUCAGGCAUGUCUGUUUGAGAAUGAAUUUUGUCUUGAUGGAUGCAAGUUGUCCUUUAGAGAGAUUUGAUGAACCAUUUUUACCCAACUUUUGUUGGUAGAAUGGAGAACUAUGGGGAGCCCUGCAUGACUAACCUUAAUCCAAUGUACUCACGACACACUGAAGUAGUUCUACUUUUUUACAUUAAUUUUGAAAGGGUUUUGGAAACUUUGUGGAAAUGUUAGAAGCUAAGGAUUGGCACAUGACUACUUUAAGACUGGCAUCUUUCUUUGUAGAGAAGCGCACCAUGAGGCAAGCAAAUAUCCCAAGAAGGAUAAGGAUAGCUCUAUGAGCAAAUCUGGGAACUCAAAUGACCACCAUAGGAAAAAAGUCAAAUGCUGGUUAUUUCCACAAACAAGGGUGAGGAUCAUCAGUAAGGAUUAUGAGAAAGGCAAAUAUUACAACAAAAAGGUAAAAAUGAGUAAAAAAUAGAGGAUAUUACAUGGCCGCGCGGAGAUACGAAAUUUCUCUUCGAGUGUUGAAAAAUAUUUCACAAGUGAGCGCAGCGAACAAGUGAAAUAUUUUCAACACGAGAAGAGAAAUUUCGUAUCUCCAAGUGGCCAUGUAAUGUUCUAUUUAUUAUAUAAACACCAAUGAAAUACCAAACCAUUUCAAUGAAACAGUUUUUUCCUGCGAAAGGCGCGAUUUAUUACGUAGCCAUCGCAAUGGCGAUAUUUUCACAUGUGAAAAUAACAUGUUAUUUUCACUUGUGAAGAUAUCAUGUUUUCGCGCGAAAGCUCACCUGGUAUUUCAUUGGUGUUUAUAUAAUAAAAAUUAAUAUUAUAAUAAAUUAUACCAUUGGUUUGGAUUUUCCAUUAUUAUCACUCUGAAUAUUUUAAAAGAAGUUGGAGUUAAAACCAUACAGAAAAAAAAUCAAGGAUUCCUCCAUGUCUUUGCAAAGGUUCAAAUAGUUGAUGUGGUCAGCACAGAAAGGUGUGUGUGUCAAACUGAUGAGGGAAGGUUUCUUGAAGGUAAGAGCAGGAUAUAAGCAUGUAAACUUUUUUGUAACAUAGUAAACAAGCAAGAUUAAAAUAAUGAAAUAAAAACACAAUGUUCAGGGUACAAUUUUUGGGGUGGCUGGGUGAGGACUAGGACAAGAUAUCGCAAAAAUGCAAUAAUGAACCUAAAAUGACAGUGCACAUUAAAGAAGCUCUUUUGGUUUGUCUCGUUGCUAAAGUAACUGGCAUAUUGUGACAGCCAUUGAGCAAGAAACAACAGUAAGAGCGUAGUUAGCAACUGGAAUUUUUUUUGGUAUUCAUGCGUUGGUCAUUGCAAUAAAGACCCAGAAACCCCCAAACGAGUUGUGUAUUUAUACAAUUGACAAAAUGUGAUUACACAGUUUAACAUGCAAUAUACAUGACAAUGCUUUCAUGGCAGCAUCACAUAAAAGUAAAACCCAAUUAAGCUAUUCCACCUCUCUUUAUUUUUGAAAAAAUCUGUUGAUUUGUCUGUAGUUUCUUCGGUUUUGACUCUUUGUUUUGCUGUCUUUGUUUAGACAUACCACAAUCAGCAUUGGAGACAGUUGUACCCAAAACACUGGAUUCCUAUGUCAGAGUAGUCAAGGGUGAUCACAAAGGACAGGUUAGCAACUUCUGUUUUACUUUCUGAAGCUAAAGAUGCUAACAGUAAGAGUAAAAUAAUUAUGAGAAAUACCAGGCUCCUGAUGUGCACACUUAUGCAGCUACUUGUGAUGCUAAACAUUUUGUCUGAAAUCAGACUUUAGGGAAAAAUAAUUUAUUUUGGGAUGCAAUCUCCGCUAUUUCCAAAUUUCUUCCAAAGAAUACUGUCACAAUAGUAAUAAAAAUAUUAAUUGCACUGAAGUACUUCUGAAGUGGGUCAUCAUCAUCAUUAUUAUUAUUAUUAUUAGCUUGACAUACAGACCUGUUCAUUUCAUUGGCAGCUAGCAGUGUUACUUAAGAGAGACACAUCCGAGUUCAGUGCUGUAAUACAACUUACGCUGGAUAAGAACGUUGUUACUGUGGACUAUGAUGACAUAUGUGAGCAUAUUGGGGAUGCAAAUGAAUACUGAAGUUUCAGCUGUUGUCUUGUACCACUGACAGGAGCGAGACAACUGAUCAAAGCAUAUGCAGACAAGAUUGUCAAAGAAGAUCCUGUCCUGUGUCUCUCUUAAACUUAAGCUAUCAAAUGUACUUUCUAGCCUGUGAGCAAUUAAGCUGUCUGGUGUCAGAACUCCGGCGAUGGGAUGUGCAAACUUUGCAAACCCUAUUCUGCUGGUCAGUUUCAAUAUCAUUAUUUUAUUACGUGUAAUGCUACAAUCAAGUGGGACAAUGACAGCUGAAAGUGAGAAGAUGUAUUAAAAUUUAGCACCAGGAUGUUGUCUGAAAGAAAACAUUAUGUAGAAAGAGAGUGACUGUCCUCAGAACCUCUUGAGGGUGGGGAGUCAUGGAAAAGAUCCCCUUCACUGGAGAGAAAAGGAUGUUUCUAGAUCUACUCAUUAAGACUCUAAGUCUUUCCCAUACCGGGAUUAUAUGAAGAUGAAGGGGUCAGUAAUCCAUCACCCAUAACAAGAUAGUGCAUGAAAGGAAAAAAUCUCCUGUAUGUUACCCAUGG